AUCAGUUCAACUAUUGUAUUCCAGUGAGACAAAGUGAAUUAUUAGUAAAAAGUUUGAAGUUUGAUUUUUAUUAUUGUACUUCUAAAGAAAUUUCUAAAUCAGCAAGUAUUAAAUAUGGCUUUUAUUCCACGUAUAUUUCAUGACAACUUUUGGGCACCUAACUGCCCUGUACGUAGGGCAGAUUCCGGAAAUGUAGUGAGAAACAUUACAGAAGAUGUCUUAAAUUCCAUUGCAAUAGCUCAAGCUAUGUUUGGUCCAGAAUGUGACAGAAACAAUCAAGAAGUAAAUAGAAAUUCUGAAGGACAACGACAAAGAUCCUCUGUCACUGUUGACAAAAAUAAAUUCCAAGCCAACUUCGAUGUACAGCAUUUUAGACCUGAAGAAAUCACUGUCAAGGUAAAUGAUGAUAAAUCUAUUACUAUAGAAGCCAAACAUGAAGAAAAACCAGAUGAGCAUGGUGCAAUUUACAGACAUUUCAUCAGAAAGUAUGUACUACCAGAAAAUUGUGAUAUUGACAGGGUAGAAUCCAGAUUGUCCAGUGAUGGAGUAUUGACUAUCACUGCUCCCGUAAUCACUGAGAAUACAGCAGAACAUAGAACCAUUCCAAUUAUAAGGACUGGGGAACCAGUUAGACCCCAAGAAAACUUGACACAUGAAGGGAAGGAGCCAGUAGAAGAUAAAGAUGUAAUGGAAAGUUAAAAGUAGAAUUGUUACAUAUUUUUUAUACACAUUACUUACUAUAUUAUAUACUAUUAGGGUAUGGACUUUUAUAUAUUUUUUAUGUACUUAUUAUUAAAACUGUAAUAGUUUUUAGAGUAAUCAUUUAAAUAAAUUUUUAUAAUUUAGAUU